AACAUCCUUCCGCGAGCAGCCCGCUGCGUUGCAACUUUAUACAGGGGCCCUCCAGCACCCAUCGCUCAUUGUUGCCCGCCCGCGGGCGCCCCAGGCAGCGUCUUCACAUAUUAAGCUGCCUGCAAUCAUGCUCCCCAGCGUCGCUGAGGGUCGUGCGCGCGCGGGCCUCGCUGCCUGACGCAUCUUGUGACCGCGGGACUGCCUCGGCAGCCCAACCCCGCGGCUUUAUUGAAAUGUAUUCGCCCGCGCGGUCGGCGGUGAGCGUCGAGUCCGAGGACGGCUGGGUGGUCUGGUUCGCCGCCGAGGCGCCCGACGGCCGGCCGCGGCGCGCGCGGCCGCCGCGCGCGCCGGCACCUCCCCUGAAGGUGCCGAAGCCACCUGCAUCUAAUGAUGGCAUGGGCCAGACCCUGGGCGAGCUCGCGGCGGCGCUCGCCGACGCGCUCGGGCGGCGCGACGCCGCGCUGUCUGAAAGAGACGCGGCAGUAGCCGAGCGCGACGCCGCCGUCGCCGCGCUUGCUGCUGCGAAGAAGCCCGCUAAUGGCCACGCUCCUACAAAAAGACGGUCCCCGGCCAAGACGCCGCCGCGGUCCCAGAAGUCUUCAAAGCCUUCGCCGGCGGCCGUGUCGCGCAGCCCGGCCUCGUCCAAAGCGCGGUCACCGCCGAAGCGCGCGCCGCCGCCGCGGCCGCCGCCGUCGCCCGUGCCGUCGUCGCGGUCGUCGGCGCGGCCCGCGCGGCUGCGCGACGAGGCGCGCCAGCUCGCCGAACUCGUGCAGGCGACGGCGACGGUCGUCGAAAAGCGCCGGACGCUCGCGACCGCGCGCCUCGAGGCCGCGCGGGCCAAGCGGCCGGCGUCGCCGGCGUGGCGCGGGCCGUCGCCGUCGCCGACGCGGCCGCCUUUGGACCGGACGCGGCUCGCAUACGCGCCGUCGCCGCCGACGAAAAACCGACCAAAAACGCGCGGCCGGAGCCGCAAGGACGCCCAGCGCGCGGCGGCCGCGGCGCUCGACCGCGCGCGGUCGGUCUUCAAGCGCGCGGGCUACACCGCUUCUGGUUGCGACUUCUCGCGGCUCUUCCCGCGCGGUAUAACCCUAGACGCGGACGAGUUCCGGUCCGCCGUGCGCCGGGUCCUCAAGGUCGCUCCGUCUACGCUGAGCGACGCCGACGUGCGCCGCGUCUUCCGUUCCGUCGAGUCCGAGGACGCCGUCGCGCUCGACGCGCUCCUGGCCUUCGUCGAGGCGUGACCGCCUCCAGCUGAUACUCUCGCGAUACAUAAUGACCUUUAUUUCUA